AUGUCACACCCAAUUUCCGCAAAAGCAAUCAUAAGUGACACCCCAAACGGCACCCAUCCAGUAUGGCGUAUGGAGAAGGUACAGCUGCGAGAGCCCGGUGAAGAUGAACUCCUGGUCAAAAUUAUUGCAUCCGGUGUCUGCCACACUGACAUUGCCAUCUCCACAUUUCCGCCAGACGCGCCAGGCUUCGAACCUUAUCCAAAGGUCAUGGGCCACGAGGGUGCCGGCAUUGUCGAACGAGUAGGAAGCAAGAUCAACCAUGUCAAGAAAGGUGACAAGGUUUUGCUGAGUUUCGACUUCUGUAACAACGACGACUGUCGAGCUUGUGAGGACGACACGCCCGGCUACUGCGACGAGUUCCAUACUAAGAAUCUCUUCAAUCAACCCGAUGUUUAUCAACUCGACGGUGGAAAGCCCGCAGGCGGAUUGUUUUUUGGUCAAUCAAGCUUUUCCAGCAUAGCUUUGGUGAAGGGGACCUCAGUUUUGAACGUCGAGCAGCUAGUGAAGGAUGAGGAGGAAUUGAAGUUAUUUGCUCCCAUGGGCUGCGGCUAUCAGACAGGCGCUGCUGCCGUUACAGAGCUCGCUAAUGUUAGCAAGAAAGAUGCAGUCGUCGUGUUCGGGCUUGGCGGCGUCGGCAUGUCUGCAAUCAUGGCUGCGAGUGUACGAAGUGCCCAUACUAUCAUCGGAGUCGAUAUAGUGCAGUCGCGCCUCAACCUGGCCAAGGAAAUGGGCGCAACCCACGUCAUUGACAGCUCAAGCUUCAAAGACAUUGCAACAGAUCUUCCCGCAGCCAUUCGAGAGAUUGCGCCAAAGGGUGCUAAUGCAAUUUUCGAUACGACAGGAGUAGUACCUUUGAUUUCAGCCGCCAUUCCCGCGCUGCAUACCAAGGGUCAAAUUGUCUUGAUCGGAAUCGUGACCGGCAAGACGAUGGAGCUGGAUCUUGGUACAAUUCUAGGCGCUGGCGUCGCUAUUCGGGGUUGCAUUGAAGGAGACGCCAAACCGUCGAAAUUCGUUCCCCAGAUGAUAGAAUGGUACCGACAAGGCAAAUUCCCUAUCGAGAAACUAUCAAAGUAUUACCAGUCCGAAGACUUUGAGAAGGCACUGGCAGACAUGCAUUCUGGAAACACGAUCAAGCCAGUUUUGCUUUGGUAG